CAGUUGAGCACUGACAAGCGAUUAAUUAAGUAGCAUUGCGAUUAGCUUAGUUUUUGCUGUCCCAGCGAUGACCACGAUUCCAAAUGGAAGUGCGGCACAGCCCACAACUCAAGCUGUGAUUGAGAUUCAGCCGGUGUUCGUUGAGCCUGCUGUCGCCCAGCCAGCAGCUGCUUAUGCCGAACUGCUCAAUGGACCGCCAGAGGAGGAAGUACGAAGGAUGGGCAAGAGCAAGUUUCGCAUCAAAAGUCUGCUGAGCUCGGCAGCCAUUUUUCUAUCGCUGAUGCUCAUUGUUGGUGCCAUUUUUAUGCACCUGAAGCAAAAGAAUCACUUCGGACGCAUGAAUUGGGGCAAGGAGGAAAUGGAAAUGGAGUCGCCAACAAUUUUCUGGAAUGACACAAUGACUCCAACCUUAGAAUCCUACAUCCAAGAGCCACCUGAUGCCUGGAGUGAGUGCCUGAAGUGCAUUGCGUAUACAAGUACGCUAAAUAGGUCUGUGUGCGGCGAAAAUAAGUGUGGAACCUAUGGCAUCUCCAAGCUUUACUGGCAGGAUGCAUUGCGCCUUCCGGGCAUAAAUGUCAGCCAAGACUAUGAGAGUUGCGCUCUGGAUCCGGAGUGUGGAUCGGACAUUGUGCGAGGCUACAACGAGCACUAUGCCAGGGACUGCAAUGAAGAUGGAAACAUUGAAUGCAAGGAUCACAUAAUGCUGCAUAUACUAGGACCCACAGGCUGCCGAACGCAGCGGAUGCCGUUCAUCUAUAGCAAGCGGAUGGACGCUUGUUUGGAAGGGAGUGAGCUUGAAUAG